AUGCUUAUUUGUAAUGGAUGUAUUUCAGAUUUUGUUCCUGCUGCUAUUCCAAGAACAUCAAAUUUUGAUAUUAUGGUUGAACCAAUUCAUGAAGACCCUGAACGUUAUGCAGUGAAUUUUAUAGUUGAUUCAACUCCACAACAACCAAGACCUUGGACUACUGAUUGGGAUGCUAAAUUGGGCGAUAUUAUGUCUAAAAAACAAUUAAAUUAG